CCCCACAAAAGCAAUCAGAGAGAAGUAUGCCUUUGGAAUAGUGACAAAGGCAUCCCUCAAGGAUCCAUACACCAAAAAAGGCAAUGAGCACUUUUAUGAUGCAGCAAGCAGCACUGGAUACAUUUCAUGGCGUCUUAAAACGGUCCUAAGGAAGAUUCAAAGAGGAUCUCUUGUGCCAUCAAGUAGCACCAAUUACAUUUCAUCUGGAGGCCCAAAUAUACAGAGAACUGUGAUUGUUGAAAAACAGCUUGAUGGGAAUGCCUGCCAGGAGGCCAUAUCUCUGCUUAACCACACCACAGACAGGUCCGUGAUCUUUCAGAAGAUGAGAGAGACUUUUGAGCACCGUCACAAGCUUAUUAAAGAUGCCAGUGGAAGAAAUGAUAUAUCCUGACCACAUUCCCGGGUUCCUGGACACAAAAGGAUUGAUUGAUCAAGACUUCCGUCUCCUAUUCAGUGAAGAAACCUCAUCCAGACUGCUGCAGAAGUGGGAUGUGUUCUUCAAACCAAAUGUCAUCAAGGAGGCUAAGCGUUUCACUUCUCCACCUGAGUUGAGAAGUUUGGUGCAGUCAGCGGAAAGUCUUCAAAGCGAUGACCUCACUAACACAUCUAGCUAUGACCAAGAAAUGGCCUCGCUGUUACUUCUCUUACAUCUUCUUCCACCGCAACCAGGAGGACAGAAGUCUCCAAAAAUCAGUGCAAGUGAUGCAGAUGAGAGACUUGUUGUCAUUCAUAAGUCAUGCUGCAGUUUAGAGGAGCAUCUUCGGGGACAAUGGGGUCUGCAGCCAUACCUCCUUGCUGUUGGGCGUCAGAAAAGCAAGAUUGACAGCUUCUACAUCGUCAUGGAUAAGUGCCUCAUCCCAUGCCAGACAAACAGUUCUCUUGGAACAUUUGAUGAGCUAUUCAAAGCACAUUUUGUGUUUAAUUUCUCUUAUGAUGCUGCAUUGAUGAAUUUCUACACAUUUCUGCAGACAACAGUGUAUAACAUUGACGUGGGCAAAAUGAAGGAAUCGCCCAGAGUUAGGGACGUGAGAGCAAGGCUGCUAAACCAGUCCGUUUUGCUCUCUUGUGAGUAAGUCAGGCUAAAAAAUGUUGACCUGUUUUUGUGUGUCAAAAACUGUAUCCAAGCGGACACAUUUGAUCAUCAUCAUGCUUUCAAAAUUGUUCAAAGUGAAGAAAGGCAUUUAGUAAAAAUCCCUGAACUUAAAUUUCUUUUGAUAUUCAAAACUCUUAUGGCAUUUCUAAUGAAUGUGUGAUCAUUGUACCACAAUUUAAAAUGUU